AUGGGACACCACAAUAUUCAAUUUGGAGGCGACGCGUCUUCAAAUAACGGCGCUUGGAGUCCACCGAACAGUAGGGCCAACUUUUGCGAAGAAGACUAUGUCAUCUCCUACUACCUCGCUGAAUUUAUCAAUGCAUUGACCAAUGUCGCCUAUGUUUAUUUCGCCCUCCGGGCCAUGUACCCACAAGGAAGCGGCCGCGGCCUCUUCCGCGCCAAAUACGACUUCAUGUCCAUCACCCUCCUCAUCCUCGGCAUCGGCUCCUUCCUCUUCCACGCCACGCUGCGCCAAACCCUCGAGUUCGUCGACGAGUUCUCCAUGCUCGGCCUGACUUGGUCCAUGCUGCAAGCAUCCCUUACGGCGCGCCAGUCCCCCAGGAAAGCCCGUCUUAUUACCAUCGGCUUGGCCGUUGUCUAUCUUUCCUUUUCCGCCUUCUACCUCCAGUCGGCCAAGAUCAUUUAUCAGGUAUUUGCCUUUGUCAGCGCGCUUUUUGGCGUCUUGUUCAGGAGCCAGUACAUGUUCCAUCUGCUUCAGCCGGCGUUUCCGGAUGCGAAGAGGCGGGACUGGAACUGGAGGACUUGGAAGGCUCUUGGGAUAUGCGUCUUUGGGUAUCUGCUCUGGAGUAUCGACCUCGAGUAUUGUGCCGAGCUGAGGGAGAUCAGGGAGCGGGUCGGGCUACCGUGGGCGUGGCUUUUUUGA